AUGGGGGACGACGAUGAGGAGGUGGUGGACAACACCGCCAAGGCUAACCGCGCGGACAUGAACAAGCUCGGCGGCGGCGGCGGCGACGACGACGGCGGCGUGGACUCCGACGCGGCUAAGAAGCGCGCGCUCGAGAUGGCCAACGACGAUCUCAAGAAGGAGAAGGAGGCGGAGGCUGCGAGGCUGAAGGAGCUCAUGGCGGUCAAGAUAUCGCAGGAGGACGUCGCGACGAUCGUGGGCGAGAUUGAGGUGGAGAAAAAGGCGGCGGAGAUGAGGCUCAGGGAACACGGCGGAGACGUCGUCGCGGCCCUCAAGUCCUACGUCUAA